AGGCGGUGUCGCUUGCCUCUCUCCCUCCCUCUCUCUCUCUCUCUCUCUCUCUCUCUCUCUCUCUCCCUUACUCUCCUACCCCCCCUCUCCGCCAGCAGGAGGACGACACGCCGUCUACAUAUACGUUCUGGUCAGCCCCUUCAUCGCCUUCUACGGGGGGGAGUCAAGGAGGAAGGGAGACCUCGUGAGAAUCGGCCCUCCCUCUCUCUCUCUCUCUCUCUCUCUCCUCUCGACCUUCGUCUUCUGCGCCUUCCCCAAGUUUUUGUCAUCAAAUUCUUCUUCUUCUUCUUCUUCCUCCUCGGCUUUCACGGACAUGUGGUCCAUCAGGUACAGAGAUGAGGGCGGCUCACCAUCUGUUCGCAGCGAACAAUCGAAGCUGAAUCUCUUCUGAGGGCGCCAAAAUACACCCUAGCAAUUGACCCGCACCUAAUCUAACCGUAUAUUUGCGUACAGUCGACGCAGAUUCAUCUCGCAGACGGUACCUUGGUCCAAACAUUCGCAAAAAUCCACCUCGAAGAUAACUUCAUUAUAAGAGGUUCACGUAACCGAUCGCACAUACGAGAAAGGCACGAAAGCACGAAAGAUAAAACUGAAGAUCGUACGAAAAAAUGACCAGUGUGAGGGUCCAUGUCUAAGAAGAUAACAAGGGUAACAUAAACACAAGUUGACAUUUGGUACAGGAGUCCACAAAAGUGUCGCACGCGAAUUAAAGCUGGAAUCGAUUCCUCGUUCAAUAAACGCACCACCUGGCUGCCAAAUGAAGAGAUUUCUCCACUGGGCGAUUAACUCGAUCAAAUAUAAACCAUUCAAGCUAGCUGGUUAAAAAAAAAAUGAUCGACAAUCAUGACAGAAAAUACUCGUAGAGAAUUUCACAGCCAAGGAGACGCUAUGAGCCAAUGUUACAAGUCGCUGUUUACUCAAGACAUCUGACAAAUUAGCUGAAGGUUUCUACACAAGAGGAAUGGUGUCAGAAAUUCCCUAGAUUACAGGAAAACGAAUAGGGGUAAAAACUGGGAAUACUUCAAAAGCUAAGAUUCGGGAAUCGGAUAUUUCCUAGACUAUACAAAUACGAAUCAGGAAUUCUCCACAAGACUUUCUUCAGACGUGUAUCAAAAAAUCCUCGGACUGUUCACGAAUCAACCAGAAAUUCCUUAUACUGUAGUGAAAAAGAACAGCAAAUUCUUUUGACCAAAGGGCGUGCAAAUUAGAAAUUCCUCUCGCUGGGGGAGAAGAGAAAGAAAUUCCCUAGACGUUUGACCUCUGAUUAGGAAAAUUCCCUAGAUUACAGACGAAUAAAGAAGGCGUUCUACAAGAGACGCUGCUAACUCUGAGGGAAUUAUUUAUGAAAAGGUGACUGGCUGGCAGGUCACAUUAGAAGGAGGACAUUUUAAUCCCAUUAUGCAGGAUAUAUUUUUAGUGAGGAAGAAGAGAGUCCUUCGCACUCCUUACACAUUCCGUCUCAUUCUAUAGGACAUCCUAGAACGUCCUACCACAUCUUCGUCACAUCAUCGCAUUUCAACAACCUCGUCUACAUCACCAUCUUCAUUCUCACAUUCAUAGCACUGAUAUGAUACCAAUAUAUCUUCUGUAUACCUGAAACCUACUACAUUUAUUAACUCGACUUCAACACGGGCAUCACUAAGUCAUCGUCGAGACAUCCACAUACAUCUUCAUACACGAGUGAAUUAGUGCAUUGCGUAUUUUUGUAAAGAUAUCAACAGACGUUGCAAUGCGUGUUUCUUACUGUCCAAAUACGCACUUUUAUACUCGUGAGCUGGGCGUAGACAGAUCUCUUUAUUAGGGGAGCAUCACUAUAAUAACACUAGAAGAAAGACUUAUUUUUCUAAGGAGGCACAAUCUACGAAACACUACACACAGCUCUCUGAUCGAAUUACAUACAAAAGACAAUCUGUUGAGCGUACGAGACAGUAUUCGGGAAAUAGGGCGGUCAGGUACUUGCUCUUGCUCUAGACUGCCACCUGAGAUUCUGUACACCUGAGCAAGGAACUAUUUAACAGUCAAAAGCAACAACUUCACUGACGCAAAACAUACACCAACACCUGACGUCACUGGUUGCCGAGGGUAGAACUGUUAGGUCAUGAUGGAGGCGCUCAUCUGAUCGUCUCAUCUUGGAUUUCUGAACAGACCCAAAGACCUGAGAAGACUUUCUUUUAGUCAGUACAAGUCGUCAUCUUCAGUAUUAACAACUUCGGAGGGCGUCACUCUCUCUCUCUUUCCGUAACUGGUAUGAAAGAAUUUAACCAAUAGCCCCGUUAUAGAAGUGAGUUACUUUGACAGAAAGAGUACCUAAGUCAAUGGAAGCAAAGAACGGCUAUUAAUCAUCGUGCAGUGGAAAAAAGGGGAGAGAGAGAGAGAGAGAGAGAGAGAGAGAGAGAGAGAGAGAGAGAGAGAGAGAAGAGGGGGAGGGGUCAAAAGACUCAUUAAUUGACUCCCCUAAACGCAUCCUCCGUAAUUGAAGGCCAUCCAUCGCGCAGGCCCGUCCGAAGAGGAAGAAUUUCGCCGGACCAGGAGCAGAGAGGACCUUCCGGGUGCUUCAGAGGAAGCUCCAAAAAGGUGGGUGGCCAUCAUCAGCCCAUCUGAGAGCUGGAAAAGCUCUGGAAAAGCUCUGGAAAGCCAAAAAUAAACAGGCCGGGAUCUCAAUCUCGAUACCGUUUUCCGCCCGAUAUUCCAAGAAGAACUGGAAGGCCCCCUGGAUUCCAGCGUUCAGCCGAUUGCUCUGGAAAGCUCUUGAAAACCUCUGGAAGACCCAAAAAUAGAAAAAAACUGGUAGCAUCCAUAACAGGUCGUUCCGCCCGAUAUUCGACGAGAAAAAGCAGAAUCACUCCAGGAGAACUGGAAGGCCCGCCUGGAAUCCAGUAUCCAGUUGAUUUACGAUCUGGAUCUACUUGGUAUCUGCUUACGAGGUUGGUCCUUGCGACUGGAGCGCCCCUGGACCACAAAGGGAAGGCGGAGGAGGAUCUCGUUACCACAACAUUCAUCACGCCCACGCUUCAAGGGCGCCUGUUAACUUUACGAUGCUAGGGACUUCAACGACACUAUUGACUAACUAUUGAUGAGCACCCCAGGACAGUAUUACCUGAAACCAAGUGCCAAAGUUACCUGACACUCAAAGUUGCACAGCCGCAUGAAUGAAGGCUUCGUGAUGUACAACGGUUUCAUUCGAAGUGGUGGACUACUUAGAGGGAAGAAGACUCCACCGCGCCAGUUUCUUAUGCAAAUGAGGAUGCUGGGUUGUUAAGUGCGAAGUAUGACGAGGAAUUAUGACUGUGUUAUGAAAAGCCGUUAACUUUAGCAUGAAUAGUCUUCCACGUACCAUUGAGUAUUAGACUGUGGACUGAGGAACGUUAUUACUCGAGCUUAAACGUUGUGGUAUAGACGUUUUCCAAUUUCACCCAUAAACGAAAGAGGGGAAAGAAGAGGAGAAAAUUAAAAGAGACAGUGAGGAAUUACCUCCACGUAUGUUUUUUUAUUAACAGAACACAGGUCCCUAAGGGGACGCAGAAGCAGCAUCCAAUUAAAGUCUAUUUUUCUAUCUCCCGACGACUGAUAAGAAGAGACAGAUAUCUGCCGAGGGAUGAUUGUGGACAGAGACACGUGCCUGUAAGAUUACCAACAUCAAGCAAGGAAGAAUAUUAUCUCUUUACUGGCUUGUUCGAAGUUUCAUUGACAGUCUAGACGGAGAGAGAAGUUUUUCAAGGCUUGAUUUUGAAGUCUUUAAGCCACCCUCAAGCAGUGGCCAACAUUCUGUAUAAAUGUAAAUACCAUAAACGUUCUCUGACCAAGAGAAGGAAGAGCUGAAAGCACUCACCACCACCACCACCAGACAGACGAGAUACAAAGCAUCACACGAACCACCUAUGAAAACACCAAGCUAAGGAGACGUAAGAUAAAGGAGGAAGGGAAUAAGAAGACAAGAGGGGGAGGAGGAGGAAGGAAAGCAAAGGGAAGGAAGAAGCAAUCGGCAAGCAGCAAGCAGCAAGCAGCAAGCGACAGUGAGGGAGGCAGAGAGGCAGACAUUGUCCAGAAAGGCAGCCAAGUCCUAACAAUGGGAAGUAGCUGCUCCUCCUCCCAGUCUUUGAAGGACAAUGUCUCCGUCAAGAGUGAGGACUAUGUUAUGGAUCAAAAGGUCUCGACCCAAAACCAGAGAGCCGUGACCCCGACGCCCGCCCGUCCAGUGAGCUCCUCGACCUCCGACCGUAGCUAUGACACCGAGAGCUGCCUGUCGGAGAAGGGGGGCGGGGCGGCCAAACAAGGGGCGCGCCCUGCCCUCGCCGUCAAGCUCAAAGACAGCGACGGAGUCUCCAACUCGGGGGAGUUCGGUCUGGCCCAAUCGGAGAACAGCGCCCCGGCCGACCCGAAGGAGAGCCCGAAGAAGACGCGGGGCGUGAUACCCAACCUGCGACACCUGCCCGACCUCAACAAGCUCUCUGACGUCAUCAGGAACCUGGUGAUGGGCAACGUGGUGUUCGUGAAGCCGAUUCUGAAGCCGCGCAAGAUCUGCAUCUACAGCUGCGCCGAUCUCAAAGGUGAGGACACGAUUAUGGAUGCGCUAUUAUCCGACUACUCGUGGGAACACUGUGUCACCCCCAAGCUGCGCCUCUACUGCAUGGAGAAAGGGUACGAGCUCAACAUCGUGGAUCUCCACUGGGGUAUACCGGACGAACACCUGAACGACCACUCGUUCAAGGAGCUCUGCCUUGGGCAGCUGACAACCCAAGCCCGCGAUUCCCACAUCGUCACCGUCGUGUUCCUGAACGAAACCUUCGGCAACGCCCUGCUCCCGAAGGUGAUCGAGGGCCCGGACUUCGACCAGGCAAUAUCCGCCAUGGAGCUGGAUACGGAAGAGCUCUUCUGGAAGUGGUACCACUGGGACGAAAACGCACAGCCGCCCUGUUACAAACUGCAGCCCAUCAGCACACACAUCCCCAACAUCAAGGACAGCAACAGCGCCAGCCUGCACCAGGAGGCGGUCCAGGACUGGAACAACGAAGUGAAGAAGAUGAUGACACUCAUGCGAAUGGUUUUCAAUCAAGAGCAGAAAGAGAAAUACCUGUCGACUGUCAUGGAACAGGAGAUCAAGCAGAGCGUCUUCAUGAACCAGGAGAGUGCCAAGCACACCCUGUGGAUCUGCAGGAAGUUCACCCAUUUUCCCUCUCACAACAUCCCCAACCAAGGAAAAGUCUACGUAGCCGUCGAGCCUGAGAGCAAGAAGAGAUUGGAUAUACUGCAGAGUGAGCUCAAAGAACGCUUGGAUGACAUCCGUAUGCUCAAAUUCCGCGUCAAAUGGCACAAUUCUGGCAUGAAUCCAGAGGUCCCCGAGCAUGCGCAGUUUGUGGAAGAUCUCUGCGCGCAGAUAUCUCCUCUGCUCAUCUCCAUCAUAGAUGGAAUCAUCGAGGAGGAUGAGACAAAGGAGGAGCUCAAAUCCUACCUGGGCAUCGAGAAGCGUCUCUUCCACGAGCUGAUGCAGCAGUCGCUGAUGUGCCAGUUCCGCUACAAGAACUUCCAAGGGCGGCAAGAGCUCCUGACGAAGAUCAGGAGGUACUUAAGCAACGACUCCUGCGUCCCUCUCAUUCUUCACGGAGAUGUGGGCUGCGGGAAGUCUUCCCUGAUCGCCAAGGCUAUGGAGCGUUGCUGUGAAUGGCUCGUGGAUGUGCCUCUCGUCGUCAGAUUUGUUGGCUUAACACCAGGGUCCUCGACUACAGAGCAAGUGUUGCGUUCUAUUGCAGAGCAAUGUUGCGCGCUGUUUGGGGACCAUCCUGCGGAAGCUGCUAAGAGUGUCCGUCACAUGUCCUCCUUCCUGAUGCACGUUUGGGCCAAGGCCUGCAAACUGCGACCUCUGGUGAUCAUGAUCGACGGCGUCGACCAGGUCAAGAGCUACGGGUCCACCUCCCUCGAGUGGGUCCCGAGGGAACUGCCCGAACACGUGAAACUCAUCAUGACCGUGAGAGACGACUCACCUCAGAUGUCGCACCUGCAGAGUAUUAUAGAGGACCGCGCGUGCUUUCUCAAGAUACCACCGCUGACAAUCGACGAAAGCCACAACAAGUUCGAAGGGAUACUGAAGCAGCAUCACCGCAGCGUCAACAAGGAGCAGCGGGAGUUGGUUAGCAAGUGCCUUCAAGAAUGCCCCCUACCCUUAUACGUCGAGAUUGUGGGCAACAUGGCCUGUGAGUGGACCGGAGCGGAGACCCAGCUGCCUUUGAAACCAACUCUGAUGGAGCAGAUCAACGCCGUCUUCGACGACCUGGAAAGCGCUUAUGGACAGAUCGAAGUGUCCCACACCCUCGGUUACUUGACUGCAGCCAAGCACGGGCUCUCGGACUCCGAAAUGAUCGACAUCCUCUCUUGCGACGAGGCUGUCUUGGAGAAGAUCUUCGUUCACUGUACACCUCCUGUUCGUCGCUGUUCCUCGCUGCUGUGGGUCCAGAUCACCAGGAAGCUGCAGCCCUUCCUGAUGAAGACGAUCGUGGCAGGCAUCUGCCUCCUGACGUGGAGGCACGAGAGUUUCCGAGAUGCCGCCAGAGCUCGCUACCUUGACACUCCAGACCAGAUCAGCAUGUGUUGCACGGCCCUCAUCGACUACUUCCAGAGCAAGUGGGCCAACGGUGUGAAAAAACCUGUCCCAGUUUACGAAGCUGGAGUGGAAGAGGGGAAGGACCGUUACGUUCUCGAUCAGCCAACCAAAUAUCGAGGAAGCAACAUGUCUAAGAUCUCAGUACAGUCGCUGUACAGUAGACACAACAGACGCAAGCUAGACGAACUGCCCUACCAAGUCCUCCAACUGAGGGGGCGGAUACUCGAAGAGUUCGUCCUCAACUUCGAGUGGGUCUACGAGAAGCUUUGUGGCUCCGAUACCUAUCAGGUCUUGGAGGACGUUUCCCUCGCGCUCAGGAACCACAGCAACAACAUCGAGCUUGUCCUGCUGAAGGAAGUCCUAGAGUUGGCUGCCUACGGCCUCGGCUACGAUGGCCGACAGUUUUAUUCCCAGGUAUACGGGCGUCUAUCCACCCUGAUGACGGACCCGCAGAACCACGAGACUUAUCCCAUAAUUAAGCAGCUCUUCGAAUCCGCCGCCCACGCCCCUGUGCCAUGCCUUCUGCCCCUCACCGUAUGCCUUCAGGAGCCUUUCCAGGACCAAAACAUGAAGCUGGGAGACGGCCAGGUGUACUUCAACGCCCUCAUCCGCGCCCGCCACAACCCCCACUACGUGAUCACCCUGUCCACCGAGAGGGGCGAAAUAGCAGUCUGGAACAUCUUCACCAUGUCUCCCGUCCGCACUCUGACGGGAAUCACGCAGCCGAGGAAGCUGAAGAUGAUCGACGACUACCGGUGCUUGGUCCUGUGUGGGAGGGAGCUGCGCAUCUACAACUUCGACGAGGGGCUCUUCGUGAUGAAGCUGCGCGAGGUGAUGAACCAGAAGAUGCCUUAUUUCGGUCUGCACGACAAGGACCACGUCGUCGCCCUCUCCAGGUCGAGGAUGUACGUCAACAUGAUGAACCUCCAGAACGGCGACUGCGUGGCCACUUUCAAGGUCGGCGAAGACAGAUUCCUGAAUAGUCUGAUGGUGUCCGAAAACGGCAAGAUAUGCGUCUGUGGGGACGAGACUCAAAAGCCCUCCGCCCUCCUCGUGUGGGAUCUGGAACUACGAAAGCUAAUGUACGACCUGAGAAUUCCCCACCACGAGUUCAUCACCAGAUUAGCUGCCAUCACCAAGGAGGGACAUUACGUCUCUUGUGUGUGCAGGGAGGUAGACGAACCCGCGCCAAACUUCAUCGUCGUUUACGACCUCCAAAGCGGGACUCUCUUCAAGAAGUGGAAGCCCGGGGUGAACGUUAUAUCCAUCGCCAUUUCGUCUGCAGGUAGCUGCGUCGUGGUCGGUCUAGAGGAUUCCAAGCUCAUGGCUUACGAUCUGAUAACCGGAAACCCCCGCUGGACUCUCAAAGGGCACACCGCUCCGCCGAACACAAUUAGACUAGACAACAGAGGCCUUCAGUGCCUAACUCUCGACUCCCUGGGUCGAGAUAGGUCCGUCAGGGUAUGGGAUAUUCAUUCAGGUAAUAGCUUAGCCGUCUUUACUCCCGACCAAGCCAUCACGGCCUGCGAAAUCUCCAGCGACGGGAAGGCCGUGGUGAUGGCGCUCGAGGGACGCAACGAGAUCGUCACGUUCCUCCUGUGUCACAAGUCUGGCGUCAACGACCAGGGGACGCCGAAGUCCUACGGGAACGACACCAACAGGGGAAAGGUCUUCGACCUCAGUCAAGCAGGCACUUGGCCCAUGUCCGGAGACGCUGAAGAGAACAUGCUGUGGAGCUAACUUGGUUCGACCCUGCUUUAGUCGCCUUGUCUGUGAAUAUAACCAAUAUAUUUCCAAUACUCCAGGUUUUACGAUUCUUUGUUUUUGAUUGACAGAAGAAGAAGCAAUGUUUACCUUUUGACGAAGUGUCAAGUUCCAGGAUAGGCGUUAACCAUGGUCAGGUGCAAUAUGUCUUCUAGCUUUGUCAGCUGAAAUAUUUUAACGAGAAUUGAGGUAACAUUGAAAUUCAAGGAUAGCCAAGAUUCAUAUUUUAUUUACUUGCUUAUUCAUAUCUUUUGUGGUCAGUUUGCCACCUAUAUAUAUUCUGAAGUCAGUUGGUUUUGGUAACGUGUAAAAUACGCUUGAGACUUUGAGCUUGAAAUAUUAGAGAGAGAAAACUGACAAAUACAGGUGAUUCAGUUUAUACUCCUUCGUUUUUCUAUUUGUUUUGCAGAAAACUGUACAAAGUUUGCAUGUAGAAUAGAUUCAUCAACAGAAAUGACUAUUUAUCUUAUUAUAUGCUAUUUGAUUCACACAAAUUUAUUUUAAAUGAGAGAUUUAUAUUGUAUAAAUAUCUAAUAGUUCGGGAUGAAAUAGUAGAUUUGUGAAGUUCUACACUAGGGAACACCGCAGUGGUUUUAGUUCUAAGCUAUUGCACUAGCUGGCGGCUGCUGCCUCCUAUAUAUGUCGUAUUUUUCGAUGAGACGACUCCGAAGUCGCCUAUCCAAAAGCAUUACCGGCAUCAGUAACUCAAAGGGGCGUGGCUUAUGUCUUAGCUUGAAACAAAAGCCAUGAAGAUUUGGUGUUCUCAGUGAAUGAACUCAUUGUACAGUAUGUGUAUUACAGGCCAUAAAUGCGACCAUAAUUCAGAUAGAUUUAAAUAUACUUUUAUUAUAGUUUAACGACUUUAAUUCACGAGGAUAUAAAAUUAUUUUCAAGCACUUUUCGCUAGUUUGGAUGGUCUUUACCUAGAAUUUACAUCCUUAUAAUUUUGCAACUUUACCAACAUUGUACAUUUUUUUAUUUAAAGUGUUCGUUUUAGGUUCAUGUAAUAUUACGAAACCCUAAAUUGCUGUAGUAACAUUGGCCAAUAGAGAUAAAAAUGAUUCAGAGGUUGUCGUAGAACCUAUUCCUAAUUUAGUCAUUGAAACUUAUACAUUCUUUUUUCCCUAUUUAGCUUUGAUUAAAAGAUCAUAACCCUUGCCAUAGCUUAUAGUUGUCAGGAAGGUUAGGUCAUCUCAUGGAAAAAAAUUAGGUCAUUGCAAAAAUGACCAGAAAAACAGGAGAAGAAAGACCACUUAGCUAUUAAGGUAUACUACUUCUUGUGCAACUUGCAUGGUUUUGUACAUAGCCUUUUAUUUAAACUGUAUUUCUUUAGUAUUGUAAUGAAUGACCUGUGUACAUUAUAUCUUCACCCAUCAACUGAUCCAGAUUAUGGA